AUGGCAACAAAAGCAGCCCACAAGCGUCUGACCCGCGAAUAUGCCGCCCUCGCUGCUCAACCCGUCGAAUACAUUACCGCCCACCCAGCCGAAAGCAACAUCCUAGAGUGGCACUACGUCCUGACCGGCCCACCACAAACACCCUACCACAACGGCCAAUACUGGGGGACCCUCACCUUCCCGCCGGACUACCCUUUCGCACCACCUGCCAUCCGGAUGCACACACCCAGCGGCAGGUUUAGAUGCAGCGAGAGAUUAUGUCUAAGCAUAAGUGAUUUCCACCCCAAGAGUUUCAAUCCUGCUUGGGAAGUCUCUACGAUCUUACUCGGGGUAUUGAGUUUCAUGACUAGCGAGGAUAUGACUACGGGCUCCAUAUCUGGAACGGAAGCGCAAAGGAAGGAGUUCGCCGCGCGGUCGAGAUGGUGGAAUAGUACGGGUGGUGGGAGUACGGAUCGGACAUUGGGUGGGAGUUUGAAGCCUAGUAGCAACACGAAGGGAUUCGGAAGUAUCAAGUCGGGUGACGGAGGGAAGAAGUUCAAGGAGCAGUGGCCUGAGCUGGACGAGGAGAAUUGGAAGGCGAUUGAGGAGCAGAAGAUUGAUCCGCAGACUGGACGGUCUUUAAUCCUGGCACCCGCACAGAACUGCUCGCCCGAGACUGCGGCUUUGAGGAAGAGGGCAAGCGGGAGUACGGCUGGGCUUGGAGCUGUGGUGGAAGGUGGUCAGGCGGCACGAGACGCUGGCCAGGGGUGGCUAGGGAGGAAUUGGGGUAAGCUGGUGGUGGCGACACUGUUUGUGUUGCUUAGUGACGUUCAGUCGUGA